CGACUUCACUAUUUUGAAGCUAAAUGAAAUUUUAUAUUGAAACGCAAAGUUGAAUACGUGAGCAGUAUAUAAAAAUCGGUGAAUACAGUGACUUCUUUAGUCAGCCGAAAGUAAAGAGAGCGAAAUACAUUUUUUAAACAAACUAAACUAAAUUUUCACUGUGAAUAAUGAUGACUGAAAAGUUAAAUUCUGGGCACACUAAUUUAACAAGCAAGGGGCUUAUAAAUGAUCUUCAAAUUGCUGGAAACACAAGUGACGAUAUGGGCUGGAAAUCAAAGCUGAAGCUGCCGCCAAAGGACAACCGAUUCAAAACAACUGAUGUGACCGAUACGCGAGGCAAUGAAUUCGAGGAGUUUUGCCUUAAAAGAGAACUGCUUAUGGGUAUAUUCGAGAAGGGAUGGGAGCGCCCUUCGCCAAUUCAGGAAGCAGCUAUUCCUAUAGCUUUAAGUGGAAAAGAUGUGCUGGCUCGGGCCAAGAACGGCACAGGCAAGACAGGAGCCUACUGCAUCCCAGUUUUAGAACAAAUUGAUCCAACCAAGGACUACAUUCAGGCACUUGUGAUGGUCCCCACCCGAGAGUUGGCGCUACAAACCUCACAGAUAUGUAUUGAGCUGGCGAAACAUCUUGAUAUCCGGGUUAUGGUCACAACGGGCGGAACCAUUCUGAAGGAUGACAUUCUUCGUAUUUAUCAAAAAGUACAAUUAAUUAUUGCCACUCCCGGACGAAUACUAGAUCUGAUGGACAAGAAAGUUGCCGAUAUGUCGCAUUGCAGGAUAUUAGUUUUGGAUGAGGCCGAUAAACUAUUGUCGCUUGAUUUUCAAGGCAUGCUGGAUCAUGUUAUACUUAAGUUACCAAAGGAUCCACAGAUCUUGCUAUUUUCCGCAACAUUUCCACUAACAGUCAAGAAUUUCAUGGAGAAGCAUUUACGCGAGCCUUACGAGAUCAACCUGAUGGAGGAACUAACAUUAAAGGGUGUCACUCAGUACUAUGCAUUCGUACAAGAGCGCCAGAAAGUACACUGCUUGAAUACGCUGUUUUCCAAGCUGCAAAUCAAUCAGUCUAUCAUAUUCUGCAAUUCCACGCAACGUGUCGAGUUAUUGGCUAAAAAGAUCACAGAGCUUGGAUAUUGCUGUUACUAUAUUCACGCAAAGAUGGCCCAAGCACACAGAAAUCGAGUGUUCCACGAUUUCCGCCAAGGACUCUGUCGUAAUCUGGUGUGCUCCGACCUGUUCACCCGAGGUAUCGACGUGCAGGCCGUGAAUGUAGUAAUUAAUUUCGAUUUCCCUCGAAUGGCAGAGACAUACUUGCAUCGAAUUGGUCGCUCAGGGCGUUUCGGUCAUUUGGGUAUUGCUAUCAAUCUGAUAACCUACGAGGAUCGGUUUGACCUGCAUCGGAUUGAAAAAGAACUUGGAACCGAAAUAAAGCCUAUUCCGAAGGUCAUAGACCCCGCCCUUUAUGUCGCAAACGUUGGCGCAUCCGUUGGAGAUACUUGCAACAACAGUGAUCUGAAUAAUUCUGCGAACGAGGAGGGCAACGUUAGCAAAUAAAACGGAUGCACUGUAACGCUAGGAUCUGAAAUAGAGUCUAAAUCAUGGAAUCAAUAAAAACAGAUGAAAUAUUUCAGAAAUCAAAAUUGUAUUAAAUAAAUGGAAAGCAAUUCAAUUUUUAAA